CCCAGUACCGUCGGUAACCAUAGCGAACACAAUCAUCGGAAACGCUCGAGUCCAGAAUGACGAAUCUUAAAUGUUGCGUGAGAAUUCCAUGCAUGCCAGCCAGUAGGAUAGUUCAUGCAUGACACACCGCCGUAACCUGGUAGUUUCUAUCGAUUGGUAAAUCCCAAAUGUGCCAUGGAAACGUUUAUCUUCAAGUGAGGCCUGUUGAUACAGGUUUGUUUAGUUGCCUGGUAGUUUAUAGCGUGGAUUACAAUGCAUUCAAGUUACGGAUCCAUGAUGGACCUGGGCUCGGAUUACGUGAAAAUUAAAGCGCACUACAGCGGGGACAUGCUAAUCACGGACUUGGCUGCCACAGUAACCUACAUGGGACUAUGUGAGGAGGUGAGGGUGAUGUGCAGCCUGGCCCAGCAGCAGCCAAUCACUCUCAAGUGGAUCGACGAUGAGGGAGACCCAUGUACCAUCUCCUCUCAGAUGGAACUGCAGGAGGCCUUCCGGAUCUACAGCCGCAACAGGAACUCAGGACUCCUGCUGCACGUCUUCCCCAGUAUCCCAGUGAAGCCAGGUAUGCCAUGUCCAGGAGAAGACCAAUCGAUCUACCGCCGCGGGGCCAGAAGAUGGAGGAAGCUCUACCGAGUCAACGGACACCUCUUCCAGGCCAAGCGCUUUAACAGGAAAGCGUACUGUGGCCACUGCAGUGAAAGGAUAUGGGGGCUGGGGAGGCAGGGCUACAAGUGUAUCAACUGCAAACUGCUGGUCCAUAAGCGCUGUCACACACUUGUCCCUCUGACCUGCCAAAGGCAUAUGGAGCCAGUCAUGCCAUCACAGGAGCCCCCUUUAGAUGAGAAGAGUGAAGAGGUGGACCUCCUCCCUCAAGACACAGAGGAUACAGAUGGAAUACCUUUCCUACCACACAAUUGCAAGAUGGACAAAGUUGAAGAGGACUCCGAGGAUAUCAAAGCGGUGGUAGAUGGGAUCGAAGGCAUCAAGAUCUCCCAGGGGCUGGCGCUGGGCUUGGGGGACUUCGACCUGAUCCGGGUGAUCGGCCGUGGCAGCUACGCCAAGGUGCUGCUGGUGCGACUCAAGAAGAACGAACAGAUAUACGCCAUGAAGGUGGUCAAGAAGGAACUGGUGCACGACGACGAGGACAUUGACUGGGUGCAGACAGAGAAGCACGUGUUUGAGCAGGCGUCCACCAAUCCGUUCUUAGUGGGCCUUCACUCUUGCUUUCAGACAGAGAGCCGGUUAUUUCUCGUGAUCGAGUACGUCAACGGAGGGGAUCUGAUGUUUCAUAUGCAACGGCAACGGAAACUACCAGAAGAACACGCAAGAUUCUAUGCUGCUGAAAUUUGUAUCGCUCUCAAUUUCCUGCAUGAAAAGGGAAUCCUCUACCGAGAUUUGAAACUGGACAACGUUCUCUUGGAUCACGAGGGACACAUCAAGCUGACAGAUUACGGGAUGUGCAAGGAGGGCAUAAGACCAGGAGACACCACCAGUACAUUCUGUGGAACCCCCAACUACAUAGCCCCUGAGAUUCUCAGAGGGGAAGACUAUGGGUUCAGUGUUGACUGGUGGGCGUUAGGUGUGCUCAUGUUUGAGAUGAUGGCCGGGAGGUCCCCUUUCGACAUCAUCACCGACAAUCCUGACAUGAACACAGAGGAGUACCUCUUCCAAGUUAUUCUCGAAAAGCCCAUUCGCAUCCCAAGGUCUCUGUCGGUGAAGGCCGCCAGCGUGCUGAAGGGCUUUUUAAACAAGGACCCCAAAGAGCGUCUGGGUUGCCAGGUCCAAACGGGCUUCUCUGACAUCAAGUCGCACACGUUUUUCCGCAGUAUAGACUGGGACCAGCUGGAGAAGAAACAGAUGGCCCCGCCCUUCAAGCCACAGAUCGCAGACGACUAUGGCCUGGAGAACUUUGACACCCAGUUCACUAACGAACCAGUGCAGCUAACACCAGACGAUGAGGACGUCAUCAAGAGAAUAGACCAGUCCGAGUUUGAGGGAUUUGAAUACAUCAACCCUCUGCUGCUAUCCGCAGAAGAGUCUGUAUGAGGGAGAAGAGACCUCUUCUCCCACCUGUGUCUGUCCAGCCCCCCUCUCAGCCAAAUCUAUGAACAACUCCCUCUGGGAUGGAGGGAGGACAAGAAACUCCCGGCUUUGCACGAGGUUCGAGGACAUGAGUGCGAAAAUGAUACUUUUUUUUUCUUUGUGGAUCCCCCAUAAUGCAUUGCAUUAUUUUGUCACCUGGGGAAAACUCUUUGGAGGUGGUCAACAUAAAAAAAGGACACAGGAACAUUCCCAAAACCUGGUUGUUGAUUGUCUUCACGCUUUUUGUUUGUUUCCCCAACAACUCCAUCUCUGUGUCAGCAGCACGGCUGGCUAUGUCAUUUCAAAAACAGAAAGCGACUUCAUUCUGUGCCUGCCCAUCGUAAAACAGAUUUGACAGUCCCGCCCCUCGCAUCCCUGGAUGGAAUAUGACAGUUCUACGACUAGAACUUGAAGUUAUGUGCACUUUGUUUUGUUAAUUCAUUUUUUUUUUUUUUUUUUUUUACUUGUAGGAGGCUCCGCUGCCUCGAGCAAAAUAAGAAUGUACAAUGACGAAGGAAAAAAUGAUGAUACAAGUUAUUGUGUAUUAUAAUGUAGGUAGCAACUCCAAAUUGAUGAUGCCUUUCUAUUGAUGCAAAGUGGCACGUUUUAUUCAUGACCAUGAACUUUCUUUUUGUUAGUUUUCCUCAGCAUUGAUUUUCAUUAACAGAAAAAAAAAUGAGACAAAAGUUUAUUUUUAUUUAAGAAGUGCCUCAAAGAUCCAAUCUACACCAUGUUUCUGAUUGCACUUAUCGAUUGUUCCAAUUCCUUUCAGCUGCCUGGUGGGUUGGUCAAGAAAGCCAGUGGAACACAUCGCGCAUACAGACCAAGGGCCUCAUUUCUAAAGGGUUUUUGUGCACAGAUUUUAUUGUAAAUUGAGCAUACACGUAAAUGUAAAUUAUGCCAAUGUUUUAAGAGUUAAAUCUUUAACCACCCUGGGCUUGACAAGAAAAUAUGCAGUAGGAAGCAUUUUUGUAGAUCAUCCAAUACCCUGAUAGCACAAAGAGGCAAACUAUCAUCUGUUGGUCAACAGAAUUUUGAAGGAUAGUGCAUGGUCCUCAGCACUGAAGUAUGGGCAACUGUAAGUCUCUAUACAUCAAACUUGAGAAGUCUGUUGCCAUAGUCCUUUACCAUUCACAGCAUAUAAAAAAUGUAGUUGAUCACCAUAGAUGCUGAGUGAAAGCUGUUUAAUGGGGAAAUAUUUUUAAAGAACCACUGAACACGCUGUUUGGCACGUGUGUUUUUCUGUUGCUCAUUAGAAAAACGAGAAUUCAGUCUUGGCGGUGUGUUUCCUGACCGAUUCUGCGCUUGGGGAAUGUUUACCCCCAUGAGACACUGUAGCCUAGUUCCCUUCCUCAAAAUCUCCAGAAUGAAUCUAAGAUAAUUAAAGAAAUCUGUAAUUAAUGUUGAUGUUUGGGAAGAGGAUGUUUAAGUGCAACUUUACAUCCAUUUGACAUUUGGGGCAGUAUUUCUGAAGUAAAACAAAUGUGCGACAUGUUGUCUUAAAUUAACAAAGUCGGGCUGCUGGGCAGAUCUGUCACAUUGUUUAUGCUAUUGGAUAGAGAUAAAUCACCGCAAGCUGUUCACCCCAUGUUAGUGUGCAAAUCGACAUUGUCAAAUCAAAACCCAACCUUCAUUUACACGUUGUGACGCACGGAUGAUCCAAACUCCGUUUUAGACAAGACUGACUUUAUGACCAAAAUUAUCCUAUUUAUAUGAGUCAAUUUUGACACUAGAAUAACUGUUUCUGACUCAUAUCGGUGCCACACAGGCCGUUUUCAAAGGGAUUCGUUGCUUUUUAAAGGCAGUCGCUCUUUAAAUUGUGCAUACUAACACUUUGAGAAUUGAUUGAAUGCUUAAAUUUAGUAUAGCAACUGAUUUUAUAAAUGAGGCCCAAUGUCUUAGGUAAUCCAAAUGGUUAAAUCUUUAAAAAGGAAUGAACGUUAUGGAGCACAGCAGCCAGCCAUGGUUCUGAUGAAAACAUGGUCUCUUACCAUUCUGUUGAAAUACCAACCUGGUCUCAGAGCAUUUUGUAUGUAAAUCUGAGAAUCCAUUUUGUAUGGUACAGUUGAAGCCGGAAGUUUACAUACACUAAGAUUAGAGUCAUUAAAACACGUUUUUCAACCACUCCACAAAAUUAUUUCUUGUUAACAAACUAUAGUUUUGGCAAGUCGGUUAGGACAUCUACUUUGUGCAUGACACAAGUAAUUUUUCCAACAAUUGUUUACAGACAGAUUAUUUCACUAUAUCACAAUUCCCAUGGGUCAGAAGUUUACAUACACUAAGUUGACUGUGCCUUUAAACAAACAGCUUGGAAAAUUCCAGAAAAGUAUGUCAUGGCUUUAGAAGCUUCUGAUAGGCUAAUUGACAUAAUUUGAUUCAAUUGGAGAUGUACCUGUGGAUAUAUUUCAAGGCCUACCUUCAAACUCAGUGUCUCUUUGCUUGACAUCAUGGGACAAUCAAAAGAAAUCAGCCAAGACCUCAGAAAAAAAACAUUGAAUGAGACACGUUCUGUCUCCUAGAGAUGAACGUACUUUGGUGCGAAAAGUGCAAAUCAAUCCCAAAACAACAGCAAAGGACCUUGUGAAGAUGCUGGAGGAAACAGGUACAAAAGUAUAUAUAUCCACAGUAAAACUAGUCCUAUAUCAACAUAACCUGAAAGGCCGCUCAGCAAGGAAGAAGCCACUGCUCCAAAACCUACAUAAAAAAGCCAGACUAUGGUUUGCAAUUGCACAUGGGGACAAAGAUUGUACUUUUUGGAGAAAUGUCCUCUGGUCUGAUGAAACAAAAAUAGAACCGUUUGGCCAUAAUGACCAUUGUCAUGUUUGGAGGAAAAAGAGGGAGGCUUGCAAGCCGAAGAACACCAUCCCAACCGUGAAGCACGGGGGUGACAGCAUCAUGUUGUGGGGGUGCUUUGCUGCAGGAGGGACUGGUGCACUUCACAAAAUAGAUGGCAUCAUGAGAAAAGAAAAUGAUAUGUAUGGAUAUAUUGAAGCAACAUCAGACAUCAGGAAGUUCAAGCUUGGUCGCAAAUGGGUCUUCCAAAUGGACAAUGACCCCAAACAUACUUCCAAAGUUGGGGCAAAAUGGCUUAAGGACAACAAAGUCAAGGUAUUGGAGUGACCAUUACAAAGCCCUGACCUCAAUCCUAUAGAAAAUGUGUGGGUAGAACUGAAAAAGCGUGUGUGAGCAAGGAGGCCUACAAACCUGAGUUAAACCAGCUCUGUCAGGAGGAAUGGGCCAAAAUCCACCCAAUUUAUUGUGGGAAGCUUGUGGAAGGCUACCCAAAACGUUUGACCCAAGUUAAAUAAUGUAAAGGCAAUGCUACCAAAUACUAAUUGAGUGUAUGUAAACUUCUGACCCACUGGGAAUGUGAUGAAUGAAAUAAAAGCUGAAAUAAAUCAUUCUCUCUACUAUUAUUCUGACAUUUCACAUUCUUAAAAUAAAGUGGUGACCCUAACUGACUUAUUAAUACAGGUAAUUCUCUACUAGGAUUAAAUGUCAGGAGUUUAAAUGUAUUUGGCUAAGGUGUAUGUAAACUUCUGACUUCAACUGUAUGUAUUAAUUUGUGGCUGUCCAUCACCCAUUUCUAUUCGUUACCAAUUUGCAAAAUGUACAAUAUGUUACGAUUUCUAGGUAUGUGGCAUUAGUUAGUUAGCUAGGCUAGGGGUUAAGGUUAAAGUGUUAGGGAAAGGGUUCGCUAACAUGCUAAAUUGUUGCAAAGUAGCCCGUUAUGAGAUUCAAACUCGCAACCUUUGGGUUGCUAGUCGUUCGCGUUACACUUCCACUCCGACCAACCACAUUUUGGUAUAGCCUUAAGUAACCAUCUGUCUUAUAUAACCAAAUGUAACAUAUCAUACUAAAUGGAGUGUCUUGGAUUUACAUACAGAAUAAUACGAAAUGCUCAGACCAGGUUGGAAAUGCAGUAUAGAGCUACAUCACGCCUGAAUGAUCGGAUUUUUAAAGUUAUUGUCUGCAUAUACUAGUGCACAAUGUGACAAACCGUGUUGGAUGCCUGUAACUGGCAGGCUGGUGAUUUGGACUUUGCACCAGCAGAAGGCUACACUGAUUCUAAUAGUUCAGUUCGGGACUGGACAUGGUGGUGGUGGUGGAGGAAGACAUUGUCAAAGUGUACAUGCUGACCUGCGCUACAACUGACCUGGGGUUAGUGAAUAGGCAGAGCUCUACUGUCUCUACUGAGGGUUUUAGGAAUGUUUCUUACACACACACACACACACUGAGAGAUACAGAUCAUGUUGUGUGUACAUAUGUACAUCCUUAAGGGAAGAAAUGUAUCAGGAAAGUCUAAUAUCAUCCAUACUAGACCCUUGAAGUGCAUAAAGAAGAGAUAACUUACUUCCCAUAUCAAAUAAGGAACCAGUACUAUCUUAAGUUGAGAGAUCUAAUGAAGUCCACAAUGCAUUGCCAUCAAUUAAUAAUUCAACACAUUCAGUGCAAAGAUAACCGAAAUAACAAUUUGCCUCUUAAGUCCCCAGCGAAAAUGAGCUUUGAGAUUAGAACGUUUGUGUUUCCUAGAGAAAUGAAAAAGGCCUUUUUGGAUGGGAAUUAUUUGAUGAAAUCUGACCCGCAUUAAUUUGAUAACGGAGUAAUAAGAUGAAUUAGAUAAUCCCAAGUUAAAGGGCUUCAAUUAGCUGGCAGGCCAAUAUGUGCGUGAAAAGAAGGAUGGAGGGAAACUGAGGGAGACGGAGAGAGAUAAUGAAGCUGUGGCAUAUUCACCGAUUAGUCGCAAACUCGAAAGCACACACACACUUUUCAAGGACCAAGAUUCUCUUCAUCCAUGUAAGGGGAGGUUAAACUUUUUCAAAGCCAUCUCACUUUCGAUAGCACAUCAGUGUCACCAUUUUUUGUUUUAUUUAUGAACUGUGUUUUAUGUUGAACUCACAGGAAUACAUUCACUUGACAUUGUCUCUUGGGGGACCAACGGAUGAACUGAACCGGUACUUCUUGAAAAUGUUCCUAACGCUACAGCAACGGCCAUUAAAACCAGAAAAAGGGUUCAUUUCAAUUGUAUUUCCUUGAUUCCUCGCCUCCUCUCCUUCUAAAAAUGCAUUGGAGCAGAAGAUCGGGAGUUCCUCCCAAUACAAUUGAGAUUCACUCAGAGUAUCUGUAAAAAAACAAUUAAAAAAACUUAGUCCAUGAUUUGUGUUCUAACAUGUUUGCUGGUUGGAUGUGCUUAAUUCUGCUUUAACUCAUCUCUGUAAAUAUCUGUAAUUAUUAAAAACAAAAAUGGUUUCCCGUGAACUGA